AUGGAAGACUGCUCAGGCCACCGAUCUGCCAACCCCUGCGACGACUGCCUCCGCAUUGAAAGGGAGCGCCAAGCCUACAUCGCCGGAGAACGCGAGAAGCGCUUCAAGAAAUGGGACGAGACGGCGGAGUGGUGGCAGCGCAGCGUGAGGAGGGAGAGGAAGGCGGGGCGCAUGCCGGAGAUAAUUCAUGGGUUGAAGAAGGAGGAUGUCCCAAGGCGCGACGAACGAAAAUCUGAUGAAGCGGAUGGACGGCCCCACUUACUAUCGGAGUCUUCGACCACAGCCCGCUGGUGCACGCACUGCUUCCUUCCCUUCCGCACCCUCGCGGCGAAAAACGCCCAUAAGGAAGUGGGGCGGAAGCGGGGAGGGAAGGCGGGGCAUCUUGAGGAGGAGCAUCCCGAGGACUGUGAACGGUGUGUUUUUCGCGAGGGCACGGUUGGGCGGCCGGGGUGUAAGGUGCAUGGGCGGGGUUGGGGGUGGGGGUGGUGGUGGCAGCGGCUUUGGGGGGCUGUAGUUGCGGACUUGGGUGGGGGGAGGGAUGGGGAGGUGUUGACGCGGAUGCCUGGGACGUGUGAGUGGGAGGGUUCUGAUUGUGAUGGUGAUGGGGGUGGGGAUGGGGAUGGCGAUAGGGAGGAGGAUGAGGAAGAAGGUGUUGGUGGUGCGGAAGAGGAGACUGAUGAACAACCCGCGUGGGGCGAAGGUAGCAGAAUUGGCCGAUACGGAGGCGCAAACCGUUUUGACGAGAAGGUCAAUGAGUCUACUGACAAGACGGAAGCUUUCAAAGCCCCGGAGAUGGCGGAGCUGAAAGUUGAGGAAUCGCUGAUACCGUUGUAUUCGAUUCUCAAACUCGACCCAUCAACACCCGCUUCAAAGAUCAAGAAAGCGGCCCGGGAAGCCCGCAUCAAGAUGCAUCCAGAUCGGUUGGAUCGUCGACAGAGCUUGACCCCCGCUGCGAAGGAUUUAAUGAAGGAGGAAGCCAAGAGGGUUGGAUGGGCGGCCGAUAUCCUGACUGAUCCUGAGGAGAAGGAGAGGUAUUUGAAGGAGUGUGAGGAGGCUGCGCAGGAGGGGAGGACAUCUAGGCAUAAUCCGUUCGUUUUGCUGAUGGAGACUAAGUACGUUCUUCGUGUAUUUUGCCGCGGUGGUGGUCAUGGUUAUGUGGUUGAUGGUGGUGAUGCAGGAUGGGACUGGGAGGUCACGGCGACUCGUGAGGCAGAUGGCUAUGUCGUGGGAGGUCUCGUGAUGCUGCUCCAGUUCUAUUUGCUCCAUCUCUUAUUUCUUACAAGCUUUGUGGAUAGGCGGGGUGGUAUCUCAGAGCUGCUAUAG